AUGUUCUCGGGAGGCAUCAGGAAACUAAGAGGGGAAGUAGAAAGUGACUCGUGCUUGAAAAGGCCUGUGAAAAUCCUAGCACUGUCUGUGCCUCUUGGUAAGAACGUCGCCAGAUUGAGUGAGAAAGCGACAAAACGAGACAAACUGUUCAGUAAAAAGACUACUCUUACCUAUGACACCCUCAGGUUCGAGUAUGAAGACUUCCCCGAGACCAAAGAACCCGUUUGGAUACUAGGCCGAAAAUACAGUGUUUUUACAGAGAAAGAAGAGAUCCUUUUGGAUGUGACCUCUCGGCUUUGGUUCACCUACAGAAAGAACUUCCCUGCCAUCGGAGGGACCGGUCCCACGUCGGACACCGGCUGGGGCUGCAUGUUGCGCUGCGGCCAGAUGAUCUUCGCCCAGGCCUUGGUCUGCAGGCAUCUGGGCAGAGAGUGGAGGUGGAUAAAAGGGAAGAGGCAGGUGGACAAUUACUUCAACGUACUUAAUGCCUUCGUCGACAAAAAAGACAGCUACUAUUCCAUUCACCAGAUAGCCCAGAUGGGAGUUGGAGAGGGGAAAUCCAUAGGCCAGUGGUAUGGACCAAACACAGUUGCACAAGUGCUCAAAAAACUUGCUACUUUCGAUACGUGGAGCUCACUGGCAGUGCACAUAGCCAUGGAUAACACUGUAGUGAUGGAAGAAAUCAGGCGGCUGUGCCAGCCCAGCCUGCCGUGCGCCGGAGCCGCGGUGUUCCCGGCCGCGGAGCCGGAGCCGCUCUACAACGGGCACCCCGAGGAGGCCGGGGCCGGAGCGGGGCUCGCGCCGUGGAAGCCGUUGGUGCUGCUGAUCCCGCUCCGCCUGGGGCUCACGGACAUCAACGAAGCCUACAUCGAAACACUAAAGCACUGCUUCAUGAUGCCCCAGUCGCUGGGAGUGAUUGGAGGGAAGCCCAACAGUGCUCACUACUUCAUUGGCUAUGUAGGGGAGGAGCUCAUUUACCUGGAUCCCCACACGACGCAGCCUGCAGUGGAGCCCAACGAGAGAGGCUGCCUCCCCGACGAGAGCUUCCACUGCCAGCACCCUCCGUGCAGGAUGAGCAUCGCCGAGCUCGACCCUUCCGUGGCGGUGGGCUUUUUCUGCAACACAGAAGAGGACUUCAAUGAUUGGUGCCAGCAAAUUAGAAAGCUGUCCCUGGUGAGGGGAGCGCUGCCCAUGUUCGAGCUGGUGGAGCGCCAGCCAUCCCACUUCUCCAAUCCUGAUGUUCUGAACCUCACACCAGACUCCUCUGACGCUGACAGACUGGAAAGGUUCUUUGACUCGGAAGAUGAAGAUUUUGAAAUCUUAUCCCUUUGAAAGCAAACAGGACCCUGACUCUGCAAAUUUGUGUUACUGGUGGGGGAAGAUGGGGGU